CAUUUCAUAAUUGCACAAGUAGUACUAUGUCUACAGUAGGAACUUUCCACUCAGUAACAUGAUUAUAUGCUUGUCUCAGUGACAAACUCUCAUUGUGUAGGAAUGUAGUAACAAUAUGUCAGUAAACAGGAACAUUGACAAAAUUGACAGUGUUAUAAACACCGUGGAUCCCACAGAGAUGCCUACCGCUCUCAUGGAUUCUACUGCAGGUGUGUUAACCAACCUUCCACCUCCAGCUCCACUUCCUCCUGAUGCUGUGAAACAAUCCAACUGCGGAGGACACUGUGGGAACACCGCCCUGGUGGCUACAUUUCAGCAGACAUACCACCUGCAAAACCAGGCAUACCCUCAGUUCCAGGGACAGAACCUGCCAUAUAUAUGCACUGCCCCAAAUGCAGCUCCUCAACAAACAAACCUGCAAUAUGUGUAUCUUUGUCCAUAUGCAGCAGCUGCCAGUUACCCUGCAGUUCCUCAACAAACAUAUAACAACCUGCCAUUGGUGAAAUCCUUUCAGAACCUGGUUCCUGUUGCAAAGAUGAAUAGAAUGGUGGUAUACAAGACUUCAUCAGGAAAUGCUACUGCUGCUGCUAACUUUGCAGCUCCACCACCACCGAGCAACAACGCAGUAAAGAAGCAAAAGCGUGAAGACGAUGAUAGACAAUAUGUCAAGAAGCCUCUUAAUGCCUUCAUGCUGUUCAUGAAGGAUCAGAGGGCAAAUGUUAAGGCCGAAAUGGAACCAGGAACUCGCAGUUCAGUGAUUAACACUCUCCUGGGACGGAGAUGGAACGCGAUGUCAAACGAGGAGCAGGCCAGAUAUUACGACCAGGCCGACAAAGAAAGUAAGCUCCAUGAAGAGCAACACCCCAACUGGUCUGUCUGCAACAACUAUGGCAAAAAGAGAAGAGUCAAGAGUCAACUCAAAAAGGAUGAUGCAGCAUCUGCAUCGAUAUCGGAGCCACCCAAGAAGCAGUGUGUGACCCCAACGUACACAGGAAUGAUGGGAGCUCCUUACACACCCACAGGUCUGAUCGCGCCCUCACCUCCUGGACAUAUAUGGAUUCCCCACACACAGACACCAGCGGUUUGGAGCGUGAAUGACCUGGCUGAGCUGCCAGAUGUCUAUUCAUGGUUUGACAUCCCUGGUUCUCCAUCUUGUGUACAUCUAACCUGGGGGUGGUAGCUCUUGAAAUAUAUUAUAUAUUUACCUGUUUAAGACUUUAUAAAUUAAAAAUAAAAUUCU